CUUUCUAACUUAGAGGAAGAUCCAAAUUUCUUGACUUCAUGUCAUUACUGGCUGCUUGCCCAGAAUUGCUGGGUAAUUGCCUCAAGCAUCUUCAUUCAACCGUUCAGCGUUUCCCAGGUGUUACGCUUUAAAAACCUAAAGAUUUUCUGCUUCAUCGUAAUUACAUAUAUGAAACCAAAAUUUUCUAUAUAAAGAAAGGAACUUUGACUAUUGAUUUACAGGACUUGAACCAAUAGUUCUUUGACAAUGAUUCUAUGUACUCUAGAAGAUAGGUAUUUUCAAUUUGGCCUUCAGGGUAAUAUAGGUAUUUUCAAUCUCCAAUGAUGUAAUGUGAAAUAAAACAGCAAUGUCUAUCUGCCAUUGUCAAUGGCGCCAGCCACCAUCUUUGACUAUACCAUAUAAUUAUAAGCAAUACUUUGAAUAUACUAUAAUUGAAGAAAUCUGAGACAUCAAGAAGUACCAAAUAUUGUUCAUGUAAAAUGAUUUAAUAAUUAGAAAUUUAAUUUAAUUAAUUUAUAUAAUUAUUUUUAAAAAUAAUAUUAAUAAAUUUAAAAAUCUAAUGCUGAUUUGAUUGCGAACACAAGAAUAACCAACUUUGACUAUGAAAGGAUUUAAACAAAAAUCAUAUCUUAUCCAGAAAAUAUAAAUGCAGAACAAAUGCCAAAAUUUACCAUGGACUGGCGACAUCUUAGAAACCUGUAAGAAUCCUUAAACCUUCCUUGGAAAACUACAAAACCAUAUGGUCUUUACCCUGGAAAGACAUCGAAAGAGAAAACAGAGGAAAAUUUAGAAAAGAAAAUAAAAAAGAAGCGAAAGCAGAAAGGUGUAUCUGAAAGGCGGAAUCUUCACGGGGACUCAAGCUUUUGCAGUUCCAAAAGCUGUUAUUACUGCAGAAAACCUUUCUUUAUUUCGGGUUCGAGUUGGGUUCGGGUUAUUUCAAAUUUGGAUGCAGAAAGCAUGUCAAUAGAGUCAAGCUCUGUCUCAGGGGAGCACAGCUUGAGAGGUAUAUCAACUCAUGGUGGACGCUAUGUUCAGUACAACGUCUAUGGUAACCUCUUCGAAGUUUCCAGAAAAUACGUCCCCCCUAUUCGCCCCGUCGGCCGUGGUGCUUAUGGUAUUGUCUGUUCUGCUAUGAAUUCAGAGACAGGGGAGGAGGUUGCUAUCAAGAAAAUUGGUAAUGCAUUUGACAACAGGAUUGAUGCCAAAAGGACAUUGCGAGAGAUCAAGCUUCUUCGUCACAUGGAUCAUGAGAAUGUGAUUGCCAUCAAAGACAUCAUACGGCCUCCACAGAGGGAGAACUUUAAUGAUGUGUACAUCAUUUAUGAACUGAUGGACACUGAUCUUAGUCAAAUCGUACGAUCCAACCAACCAUUGACAGAUGAUCAUUGUCGGUACUUUAUAUAUCAGGUUUUACGAGGGCUCAAAUAUGUACAUUCAGCAAAUGUUUUGCAUCGUGAUUUAAAGCCCAGCAAUUUGUUUGUGAAUGCAAAUUGUGACCUUAAAAUUGGAGAUUUUGGGCUUGCAAGAACAACAUCUGAAACUGAUUUCAUGACAGAAUAUGUAGUUACUCGUUGGUACCGGGCUCCAGAAUUGCUUCUGAAUUGUUCUAAAUACACUGCUGCAAUUGAUAUUUGGUCGGUGGGUUGCAUAUUUGGUGAAAUCAUGACUAGACAACCCCUCUUCCCUGGGAAAGACUAUGUGCAUCAGCUGAGGCUUAUCACUGAGCUUAUAGGUUCACCUGAUGAUUCCAGUCUUGGGUUCCUUCGAAGUGACAAUGCCAGAAGAUACGUCAGACAGCUUCCACAGUACCCAAGGCAAAAUUUCUCUGCUAGAUUUCCUAACAUGUCACCUGGUGCUGUUGAUUUGCUAGAGAAGAUGCUCAUCUUUGAUCCACAUAGGCGCAUUACAGUCGAUGAGGCUCUAUGCCACCCAUACUUGGCACCUCUUCAUGACAUCAAUGAGGAGCCUGUUUGCCCAAGGCCUUUCAGUUUUGAUUUUGAGCUACCAUCUUUUACUGAGGAAGAUAUCAAGGAGCUUAUCUAUAGAGAAUCUGUAAAAUUCAAUCCAGACCCAAAUCAUUGAGGACUAUGUGUUGUAUAUGCCUGGAAGUGUACCUAAGUGGCUAUGGUUUGCUGCAAUACUAUAUAGGACUCAUCAGUCCCUUUGAGAUUAGAAAGAUAAAGACUCAGCUUAGAAUACUCUUAAACAGAAUGAGAGUUUAUUCAACUUUCAUUUCACAUCUCUUGCUGCCUGCAGCAAUAGAAUUUGUGAGGGGAAGGUCUCGUGUAAUUGCUAUCAGUUGUCCUGCUCAUCAGAAUGGGCUUCAACCUCUAGUUGGAGGAGGCUCUUCUUUUGACUCUAGAGAGAUUAGUUAUUUGAGCCGAUGAUGCUCUUAUUGCUUCAUUUCAUCUAGAGGAGUGAACUAGAAAUAUGCAGACAUAGAGCAUGUAUUCAGUCUAUGUCAUGUACGCUUUCUUGGGUACGGAAAUACAUGAAGGCUUUAGCGUGCUGAAACUGCUAAUUCUAUAACUUUUCACUCUUUACUUGUCAUGAAACUACUUUAAAAAUUUGUGCAUAUUAUAAAGUUGAAUUGGUGGUAGUGGUUUUGUUUUACUUGUAACAUAAAAGAU